AUGGGUGACGGUGCCGUUAAAAAGUCGAAGAGGGAUGAAACCGAGGAAGAGCGACGCGCUCGCAAAGAUCGGGAACGUGCCGAGCGGAAGCUAAGGGAACAGAGUGAGGCGGAGAAGCUGGCACAAGUUGCGGAUGGCGACAAGAGGGAGCGGAAACACAAGCGCGAUGAAACAGAGGAAGAGAGACAUGCACGCAAGGAACGAGAACGCGCGGAGCGAAAGGAGAGGGAAAGAGAAAGAGAGAGACGUGCAGGUGCUGCGGAGGGAGGAAAUAGAGAGAGAAUGCACAAGCGCGAUGAAACAGAGGAAGAGAGACAUGCACGCAAGGAACGAGAACGCGCGGAGCGCAAAGAGAGGGAAAGAGCCAAAGAGCGACAAGAGCAGCAAGAAAAUAGUGAUAAUGAGGACGUGAUUAGAAAAUCAUUUGUUCAUGAUGACGCUGUGGUAGAUGAUGAGAUACCAACGUGGCACCUGGAGAGCAACGAGGCCAAAACUUCUGGGGUAAUACCUGGAUGGAAAAAGGAUGAACUGUCUGCUGCAAUGGAGGUGGAGAACCGUGCGAUACGUCACGCCGUCGAUGAGGCGAGGGAAGCUGCUCGACGUGAAGAACGUCGACGUGCUGAGGAGGAGCGAGAGUCGGAGGCGAUUGAACGCCGAGAAAAGCGCCGUAAAGAGCGAGAGGAAAAAAAACUGCGGCGGUCUCAGAUGUCUGACAUAUCGGGAACAGUGGUGGGUAAGAGUACAAUUGGUGUCUCUGAACUGCAACGUCAAGGGUAUCGAGCACAGUUUGAGAAGGACUUACAACGUGCGACGGCGUUGCGACGUCUAGUAGAUAUGGAUGAUGUUUCGGCGGCCCUCGUUGACGUUCCUCCGCAGUCGCAAUACGACAUGUAUAUUCGUAAUUUUGGGGACAUGGGUCGUAAGCAGACCGGGGUACAGGCUCCGGCGGAAGAGGAUCGUAUCGAUUUUGAAGUACAAGCGGAACGAGUGCGUGUACGGCAUCGAGCUGUCGAGGUGCCGCGUGACUUGGGGCUUUGCCCUGAAAACUCUGCGGACCGACCGAUGCAAUUGGUUAGGGAUUUGGGUCAGGAUAACGUCGGAGAGGCCUUGGAAAACAAUGAAGUUAUGGGCGAGCCUUCGUUGAGUAACGUUUCCAGCAGUCGAGUAAUUGACAGUAAUUUGUUGGCGUCCUUUCUUGGGCGUGUCUUCCCUGUUAUGCGGGCCAUUUUAGACGAGAAUGACGAAGAAAGGGCUGGUCCAGAAGCUCUUGAGUCAAAGAGUGAAACGCAAUUUUCGACAUCUUAUACGACAUUUUCUUGCGUUGCCACAUGCAAUCGACCUGUUUUGAAAGUUCUUUUUAAUCCCUGUGCACCGGCAUAUUUGGCGGUUCUUCAUGGUGCAGUGGGGGGAGAAGGCCCGUCUAUGGAGUUGGACCGCUACUUGUCGGUUAUAGUAAUUUGGAAUGUGUACGACUCCUUCUCACCAGAGAAGAUACUUGUUAGCCCAUCUCUGCUGACUUCCAUUUGUAUGAGUCCACGGUGGCCCUACUUGGUUUACGCUGGGGCUGAGGACGGUUCACUUUACGUCUGGGACACACGCGAACCAGAGCGAAACCAUUUUACGGCUGGCUGCUUCCAGCGAAACGCAUUUCGGCUUCCCUCUUUUGCCACAUCGUGGCAAACGGGAAAUCAUAUGGCGCCCAUUGUUGCUAUUGCCGUGGCAGGUUAUAAUACUGUUGUAGGUGUUCGUAAGGACGAAAAUGAACAGCUGGUGUCCCUUGAUGCUACUGGAGAAACGUACUUUUGGGUCGUUAAUGAAAAGGACCAAUCAAAGGGAGCAAUUAGUGAUACGGAAAACGGGUUGAAUAUGUUCUCCACAGUACGUUUAUUUUUAGCAACCUCAAAAUGCGAAAGUCGCGUCAACGCCUUGUCAAUGAAUCAAGAAUCUUUUGCUCUGGACUUCGUUCCUACCGAUCCCUCACAUUAUGUUGUGGCUUGUUCAGAGGGUGUUCGGCAUAUAAGUCGUUUUGGUAGCAUAGCGGCACCUUCUCUUUAUGGUCCUUGUUCGCUUUUUUUUGCACGUCCGGUAGCCGUACCUUCUUGCGUGCGUUAUGGCACUGUAGACAGCCGAAUUUUUGUGGUGGGAUAUGAUGAUGGUACUUUGCGUCUUUAUCUUCACACCGAUGCCGCACCUCAGCUUUCUAUUCCGUUGAGCAACCACAGCGUCAAGGAGAUGCGUUUCAGUGGAUGCGAUAAAUGGCUCUUGUGGUUGCUGGACGCCAGUGGGACGCUGUUUCUUCUAGAUUUGGCGAAGAAAGAAAAGGAGUUCCCGGUUCUUUCGCAGACGCUUUUAAAUCCUGAAACGGGGUCCUGCACUUGCUUUGACAUUCCACCGGAGGGAAAAGCGGACAAUCGUGCGAUAGUGCUGGGAUUUGAAAAGGGCCUGAUUCAACUUCACACCCUCAGCGAUUUCACGCACCCACCGAGCUCCGACAGGGAAGAGCACUGGCUGUAG